AUGGAAACAGGGAAAUUCUUAGGGUUCAUGAUAACACAAAGAGGGGUAGAGGCCAACCCAGACAAAUGCAAAGCCGUCCUCAAAAUGACAAGCCCUGGGUGCAUCAAAGACGUGCAACGACUCACCAGGAAACUCACGGCUCUAUCCCGGUUCCUCGGUGCCUCGGCAGAAAGGGCCAUCCCAUUCUUCAACCUAAUGAAGAAAGGGAUCACCUUCGAGUGGACCCCAGCGUGCGAAGAAGCGUUCAGCCACUUCAAAAAGAUACUCUCAGAACCUUCCGUACUCAGCAAGCCUAGAGAAGGGGAGCCCCUGUACUUAUACCUAGCUGUAACCACACAAGCAAUUGCAGCAGUCCUUGUCCGAGAAGAAGACAAGACUCAACGCCCAAUAUACUUCAUCAGUAAAGUACUCAAAGGGGCGGAGUUGGAGUACACUAAGUUGGAAAAGUUGGCCUACGCCCUACUGACCUCAUCCAGAAGACUAACACAGUACUUCCAAGGGCACGUGAUCAUCUUGAGAACCGACCAAGCCAUUCGCCAAGUCCUCCAGAAACCUGACCUCGUGGGAAGAAUGAUGGCAUGGGCAAUAGAGUUGUCCCAAUACGAUUUGCAAUACGAACCCAGGCAGACAAUCAAAGCCCAAGCCAUGGCAGAUUUUCUGGUAGAGGUCACAUGGGAGGCUCCCGACGUACCAAACACGCGGUGGAAGCUCCAUGCAGAGUAUGAGGCUCUGAUAGGAGGGUUAAUAUUAGCCAAAGAGGUCGGAGCAUCAAGGGUGGAAGUCAAUAACGACUCCCAGAUCGUCACCUCUCAGAUAAACGGCAGCUACCAAGCCAAGGACGCACUACUACAAAAAUACCUGGAAAAGGUAAAAGAGCUAUGCAAAAGCUUUGAGGAAAUCAUAAUUCAGCAUGUCCCUAGAGAAAGAAACGCCCGAGCCGACCUCCUUUCCAAACUAGAAAGCACCAAACCCGGGACGGGAAAUAGAUCUUUAAUCCAAGGGCUAGCAACUGAACCUGCAAUCAUCAUGUGCGCAGCCCAGAUACCGAAUCCUUCCUCAUGGAUAGGUCCUAUCCUCCGAUACCUGGAGCAUGGCGAAACCCCCGAGAAUGAAAAAGAAGCGCAGACCACCAGAAGAGAAGCCUCCAAAUAUGUGAUCUUACAAGGACAGCUGUACAAACGAGGACUCCACCAACCCUUACUCAAAUGGCUACGCUCCGACCAAACGGACUACGUCCUGAACGAAGUCCAUGAGGGCUGUUGUGGUCACCAUAUCGGGGGAAGAUCGCUGGCAUGA